UCCUCAAAUCAUAUUGUAAUAUUAUUAUUAUUACUACUACUACCACCGCUAUUACUUCUACUAUUACUACUACUACUACUACUACUACUACAACUACUACUACUACUACUACUACUACUACUACUACUACUACUACUACUACUACUACUACUACUACUACAACUACUACUACUACUACUACUACUACUACUACUACUACUACUACAACUACUACUACUACUACUACCACUAAUACUGAUAAUAAUAAUAAUAAUUGUUUAUGA